AUGGCUCUGCCUCUGUCUCACCUGCGGCUGCUGGCCCCUCCCCUGCGCCUGUUGCUAGGUGCAAUGUGGCGUGUAGCCAAGCUGCAGAUUCAUGAACAUUAUGGGCUGUUGGAGGAGUUUAUUGCUGCAGUAACGGAGUCGGUCCCUGAUAUACUGUCAGUUAAAGAGAAGACUGUCCUGCUGCUGGCUUUGAGGACUAAGAUUUUUCUCUUUGAUCCAGACCCUUCUCAUUUGGACCGCAGAAAUGCCUCUGUGACAGACUCCGAGUGGGACAAGUCCAUGUCCUCUCUGAAGGAAGCAGUCUCCCAAGGACUGGACCCAGAGCAACUGAGAGAAGUUUUUGGUUGCGAGUUUGAUGCCGCUUUGGAGUCGCUCUUAAGUCACUUUCUGUCUCGCCUUCAGCAGCUGCUUCCUGUCCCUGACUUCACAAAGAUUUCUGAAUUGGUUGAAGAUGAUUGGUUACAUGAGUGUUUACAGGAAGUGAAAAGUCCGCAACUGCAGGAGCUGCUGACCAAUCACAGCCCAGUAUACAGCCCUACAUGUCCAGAAGGGCCCAAGUCUGAAGUUGUUCUGAAAUCUGCCUGGCAACAGCUCCUGAGUUUACAGCAGGUUAAUGAAGAGUCUGAAGUGAGCAGUAAGAAAUUAGAUGUACAACAAACCAGUCCAAAGCACGAUCAGCUGAAACUUGCCCAUGAGAAGUCAUCAGUUCCCAAUGCUGUUCCUUCAACACCCAGUCCAACAACGGUUGUAACACUGCUCAACCAGAAUGUGGGUUAUCCACUUGUACUCAAACAGACUCCAUAUUUCAUUGUCCCAUCCAGUACGACCACGUCACCCUCUGCAUCUGUAGCUACCAGUAAGACCUCUGCAUUAUCUAUGACCAGUAAGACCACAUCACCAACGAUAGUGACCAGUAAGUCCACUUCAGUGUCUUUAGCAACCAGUAGGACCACUUCAGCAGCUAUGGUAACGGGUCAGAGUGGUCCGGUGUCUUCGAUGGCCAAUCAGAGCGGAUCUGUGUCUAUCACGUCCAAUCGGAGUGCUCUGAUGACUAUCUUGACCAAACAAACGACGCCAAAGCAACCAGUCAGAGGGAAUGUUCCGCCUUCUGUGACUUCACCAAACAAUCAGAAACCUGCGAGUUGUGAGACCGAGACUUUGAGUAAUCCGAGGACUCUACAAUCGCCUCCAAGUUCACCCGGCCGCUCGGAAGCUUCAUCCCCUGUGGCAGCCCAAUCAGAGGCAGAUUCCUCUGCUGUGGCAGCCCAAUCAGAGGCCAAAUCCUCUGAGGGCCCACAGGACUCGCUUUCCCAGAGACCUCAGCGGCUGGCACAAAAAUGUCCCCAAUGUGGCAAGUGUUUCUUCUACCGAAACCAGGUCAUGAAACACCUUGAGAGCAACCGUGCCUGUUCCUCAGUCUCUCGAGCCAUCAGAACGCUGCAUUGUUUCCAGUGUCCCGCCGCAUUUCAGACCAAAGCAGAGCUGCGGACACACUCGCUCACUCACCGCCCCCAGACCCCCAUUCUGGGAAAAUCGAAAAGCCGUAGCGGCACAGCAAAAGGAGCAAAGAAUUACCUCAAAAGUAGCACUAUGGACCAGCAAUCCUCAUCAAAGCAGGCUGCAGAGGGCGGGCUGUCAUUCUGCUGCUCUCUGUGUGACAAGCGCUUCAGGAACCAGUCUCUGCUGCUGAAUCACCUGGACAACCAGCACGUCCUGAAGGGAGAAGAGCCGCGCUUCGACUGCAUCCAUUGUGACCAGACCUUCACAGGCUCCACCCUCCUCCGCAUACACCAGCGCUCUCACACGCCCCGGCCCUUCGUCUGUGAGGUGUGCGGUAAAGGUUUUCCAUCUGAGUCUGCACUGGCAAACCACUCAAAACGCCACGAGGCCAAGAGCUGCCUGUGCCACACGUGUGGCCGCGGCUUUUCGAACCGCGCCUCUCUUCGCUCUCACGUUCGCACUCACACAGGAGAGCUGCCAUACACGUGCACCAUCUGCGGCCAGAGCUUCCGUUUUAGCGCAGGACUCCGGAUGCAUGAGCGUCGGCGCCACCUGGGGCACAAACCCUACACCUGCACAGUCUGUGGCAAAGCUUUCUCUGGUGGAGGAGACCUGCAGGCACACACUCGCAUUCAUACAGGGGAGAAGCCGUACAGUUGUCGAGACUGUGGAAGGAGGUUUGCGGUUUCAUCUCAACUGGUCACACACCGGCGAACGCACACAGGAGAGAAGCCGUAUGCGUGCGCUCAGUGUGGCAAGAAGUACAGCCGGAGUCAGCAGCUCAAAAACCAUUUACAGCUCCACGCCAACGCUCGACCCUACGCCUGUCCCCACUGCCCCAAGACCUACACCUGCAACCCCCACCUGAACCGGCACCUGAGGAGUCAUCAGGUCUGA